UUUUUUUAGAAAUUUAGGGAUUUUUUUUUGCUGAAUUUUUGGAUUUUUUCAGACAAGGAAACAAUAUUUUUUGGUGUCGGUAAAUGAAGACAACAGGAGGGUUAAGAAGAAUGCAUUCUGUCAGUGAGGGACUACACAAGUGACAGACGCAUGUGCGAGACAGACAGACAGAGACAGAGUAAAGCACAGAGGAAGUUUGAGUCAGUCUUCAGAGAGAGCUCAGACAGAGAAGAUGAUGCGGCGGACAGCGUUUCUUUCCCACCAGCUCCUCUGCUGCCCUCAUCAUCAUCCAACAACAAUCCAUCGGAUCCCAGCUGAGGAAUAAUGUCCUCCAACAGCACCGCGGACUCCGACACCAGCAUCGCGGACUCCUACACCUGCGUGCGCUUCUACGUCUCCACCGUGUCCUUCUCGGUGCUGCUCUUCUUCAACCUCAUCAUCAACUGGACCAUCGUGCGCGAGGACCGGCUCCGCAGCCAUGCCCGCUUCGUGCUCGUGUUCCACCUGCUCGUGUCCGCCCUGGUCUACCUGGGCACGAGCAGCGUCUUCUACUCCCAGAUCCACCUGAAAGCGCGUCCGGGCCGCCCCGCGUGCCUGGCCAUUAUCACGGUCCUGAUCAGCAGCGCCUCCAACAUCCUCCUGACGCUCACGGCGAUGGCUCUGGACCGCUACUGCGCCGUGUGCCACCCGAUGCGCUACACCUCCGCCUGCACCGCCCGGCCCUGGCCCUGGCUGCUGGGCGUGCUCACCUGGAUGCUGGCUCUGGUGAUCCCCCUCAGUCUGCUCCUUCAGACCAGCUCGGAAGCGUACCACGGGGAAUGCGGGCCAGAUCAGCUGAGGAAAGGUGAGCUGCAGAAGGUGCUGUUCAUCGGUCUGUGCACGCUGAUCAUCCUGUACAGCUACGUGAGGAUCCUGGUGGAGAGCCGCCGCUUAGGAGUGCUCAACCGGCGCAACAAGGCUGGGUGUAAGACCAUCGCCCUGCACGGCUCGCAGCUGGCCGUGUACAUCCUCCCCAACUUCGUGAGCUUCGUGCUUUCCAUUCUCUACAAACGGAAGCUCAUUGAGAAGGACGCCAAAGAGCUGUCGGCCGUGGUCAUCUUUGCCUUCUUCAGCCUGGCGCAGUGCGUUGCGCCGGUUGUUUAUGGUUUGCGUAAAGAGGAACUUUUGGAGCAGUUGAGUCACAGGUUCCCCUGCUGUUCCCGGUACAUGAAGGCUGUCCUCGGGUGGACCGUGAGAGCCAACUGGCCCCAAACGCACCACAGAACAAGGGAGCGAACACUGACGGCUCAAACCAUCAUCUCCCUAGAAGUCCCCCCAGUUACAGAAGAGGAAAGGGAAACCACGCCGAUGCCUGUCAGGAGCUCCUCACAUGACCUGAAUGCAUGUCACAGCAAUACAGACGAUGCCUGAUGGGGAAAAACGUGGGUCGAUGUCAGGAUCUUAACUGUAAUGGGACCACACGGAUGUGCGGCUGGUGUUCUCGGACCAGAAAGGAACUAAAGGGACCACUUUAAAGUUCAUAAUACCAGCCAGAGUGGCGUUAUCCUGACCUGAGAACGUUUAUUCGGGAAGAUGCAGCUGCACGGGGAAUCGGUAUAUUUUUAUUUUGGUCUAUUUUUGACCGUUCGUCUGGUGAAGACACAUGCUGACUAAGAGUGGAACUUGCUCACUGACCAGAGGGAACAGUUCUCUUUAUGUAGAUUUCCUGGCUGGUCCAGGGAAUUAAGUCUUCAGGUCACAACUCUGCUUCUCUGACCUCAAAGCUAAAAACAGUCCAUCUGAGCUUAUUCCGACAUGGAUGGACGAUACACUCAUAUAGCAUUUCAUGUGGAGAAUCUCCCUCUUAUUAACACGCUGGAUUUUAAAAUGUGAAUUUGUCUUGAGAGGGGAGGUCAUGUGAAGGCAUUUAACAGUUUAUUUUACAGUAUGAGUCAAUAUUUGCUGUGAUAAUCAGAUGCAUAUCAGGAGAAUACAAGCAGAGCGCAAAGGUUUCAUAGCAGUGAUACAAAGGGCAGCUUUUGUUUAUUAGCUGUGUGUUUGAAGACGUAUGACUUCGUACUGAACUUGUGAUUUCUUGUCUCAUCGUCUGCCUGCUAUUAUGCCCAACACAGCGGGUUGUUUCAUGUAGAGGUACAACGUACGGCGCAACUAGAACUUAUUCUUAUAAUGAAAGAAUGGAUAGAAUUGAAUAAAGUAAUGCAAUCUGCAGGUAUUAUUUGUUCAGUGCAGUUUGUUGAUGGUUAAAUAUAUUCAGAAGUAGCCUAAAAAAAGAUGUAUAUGCACCUCAAAUUGUCUCUACAGUACAUUAACAUCUUAUAUUAAUGGCAGAAAAAUUGGCUAGUGAUGGUGAGAGGGUUAACUUUGGUUAAAUAAGUAGGGAACAGCUAACAUGUCCAAACAUCAAAUCACCACAUUAGCAUUGUGGUAAUUUACUCAAACAAGAUGGGAGAUGGUAACUGGUGAAUUAAAUGUGUCUUACAUUUGGCAAACUAAGCUGGGAAGGAAUUGUGAAGCUAAAUAUGAAGCUGCAGUAGUGAAGAGAGGGUUAGCUUAAAGAGGAGCAGGGUGAAACACUAGUUAGCUCCUCUGAAAAUCACUAAUUUUAGCAAGUUACAGCUCACAAAUCUUAGAAAUUGACAUCUUUACAUGAUAUUUUCUGUAAAUAUCAGAUAAAUGUUUUAAUUAGUGAACUUUGGAGGUGGUGGUAGUGUUUUUUUAAGAUUAAAUGUUUCCAGUUUUAAGCUAACUAUAUCCUAGCUUUAGUUUCACAUUUCACAAUAAGACUAUGAUAAAGUUGACUAUAUUCCUAUCUGGUCAGCUCUUGGCAAUUUAUGUUUAUGUCCCCAAACCGUUUCUUUUAAAAUGUGUGUAAUUUUGAGAUGCCUGGUUCUUUUUUGAGAACUUUCUCAAAUCAAAGCUGACCUUUUCUUUCAUCUCCAUUGAAUGCUUCCUCUUAGUGUGCUAAACAUGAGGGGAAAUACACCAAAUGGGCACUGUGACAAUUUUGUGCAGAGUACUCAAACAAGCUGAGACAUGAUAACUCGUGAAUUAAAUGCAUCUUACAUUUGGGAAACUAAGCUGGGAAGGAAUUGUGAAGCUAAAAAUGAAGCUGCAGUAGUGAAGAGAGGGUGGAACGGCAAGUUAGCUCCUCUGAAAAUCACUAAUUUAGCAACUUGCAUCUCACAAAUGUUAGAAAUUGACAUUUUUUUUGCAUUACAUCUUCUGUAAAUAUCAAAGAAGUGUUCAAAUCAGUGAGCUUUGGAGGUGCUGGCAGGGUUUGUUUUUUUUUUUAGAUGAACUGUUCCCAGUUUUAUGCUAAGCUAAGUACAUCCUGGCUUCAGCUUCACCUGUAACCAUAUGAGGAUAAUAAAGCUGACUAUACGCCUAUCUAGUCAGCUCUUGGUAACAUAGCGAAUAAAUAUUUAUCUCCCCAAAUGGUUUCUAUUAAAAUUUGUGUAAUUUUGA